AUGACACAUCGUUCGUUGGAUGAAAAACUUGAAUCUUUAAACAAUUUUGCGGCUUGUGAUGUCGCCGACGCUCUCUUACAAUUAAACCAGCCACUUGGAGGUUAUUUACCGGAUAUCGUAAUGUUUUCACCUGAAUACCAAGCAGGCGAUACCAAACUAAUUGGUCCCGCGUACACUAUUAAACUUGUACCGAAAUCCGAUACUACAUCGCCUAUAAUAGUUGGAUCUUAUGCUGAUACGAUUCCUGCUGGUAGUGUAGUGAUCUUAUCUGCUCCUCCAAAUGCUGUAAAUGCUGUUUGGGGAGGAUUAAUGAACACGAGAGGAAAGAUACUUGGAAUGAAAGGUAUCGUAGUUGAUGGUAGAGUACGAGAUCUUGCAGAGCUUCGAUCUGAUGGACUACCGGUUUUUGCUAGAGCAUCUACGGUUUUAUCUUCAAAAGCAUUUACACGUCCAACUGCACUUAAUAUUCCAUUAACUCUUAACGGAAAUCAUGUUCCACCCAUAAGAAUUUAUCCGGAUGAUAUUAUUCUUGGGGAUUUAGAUGGUGUUGUAUGUAUACCUAAAAAUUUAUUGGAUCAAGUUUUGGAAAUAUGCGAGCAAAACACAACUAUGGAUAAAAAACUUAAAGACGCUUUAUGUAAAGGAACAUCUUUAACUGAUGCGAAGAAAACUUAUAGAACAACCAAUUGA